AUGGCAGGUGGGUCAGGAACGUCUGAAGCGUCUUCGGGUCUUCAACGAAUAUUUGACACAGACAGUAGUGGAAGUGAAGAGCUUUACCCUCUGGAUCCUGACAGUGAUGAAUCUUGGCAUCCAUUCACCAGCAGUUCCAGCUCAGAUGAUGUUUCGGAAGCUUUCCUAAGGGUUCAUGGCUUACAUGCACGAAAAGUGAGAAAUUUGCAACAUCAAAUGAAGCAGGUAUUUGCAGUGCCAAAAGAAGAUGGGAGAGGAGAACAUGGAAACUACCCAUAUAAAUUUCAAGACGAAGCUGUACAAAGUGUUAGAGAACUUCUCAACGCCAUACCGAAAUAUAACAGUCAUUACAGUAGGCAACAGAACCCCAAUAAAGUGUAUUUGUAUUGUGAUCUCACAAUUGCUUCCUUUUUUCGAGAUAAAUACUCACAAUACUGCAAAGAAAAGCAGGUUCCUGCAGUAUCUGAAAGUAAAUUCAGAGAAAUUUUCGUAUCUGAAUUUAACGUAGGCUUCAAACUACCAAAAAGUGACACCUGUUCAAAAUGUGAUGGAUUUCUAAUUGCAAUAAAUAACCCAGAACUAUGUGCAGAAGAAGUCACAGAAAAGAAACAACAAUAUGAACUGCAUCUCAAAAAGGCUGACAGAGGACAAAAUAUGAUUGCGUCUUUAACUGCUCUGGCUAAAGAAAAUUCGAAAGAGCAUCAUGUGAUAGCAAUGGACAUGCAGCAAACAUUCCCCACACAUAAACUAACAGUACGUCCAGCAUUUUACAAGAGGAAAAUACGGGCAUACAACUAUGGUAUCCACGACUGUGGAUCAAAUAAGGAUUAUAUGUUUCUGUGGAGCGAGGAAGAUGGAGGAUGGGGUUCAGGUGAGGUUGGGAGCUGCUUACUGAAGUACUUGGAGAUAACUAAUCCCCAGACAAAACAUCUCCACAUAAUCAUAGACAACUGCAAGGGUCAGACAAAGACUUGGACUAUUAUUGUUUUGGAAAGGUCCCUUGUUGCUACCAAAAGAUUUGAUUCUGUCCAGCAUUACUUCCCUGUGGUAGGUCACACCAUGCUACCUUGCGAUCGUGAUUUUGGUUGCAUUGAACGGUAUGCAAGAAAAAGACGUCCAAUAGUGUGCACUCCAGAUGAAUGGGCAAAGUAA